AUGGUGCAUACAGGAGUAUGCGCUUCAGGUGAACAUAUUCUGCAGAAGCAGGUAGCUUGUUUGGAAGCUACCUGUGAGACGCUACGAGAGCAUAGUCAACGGGAGUAUGCAGCGCUCGAGAAGAGCGUGGCACAGGCGUUCACGGCGCUACAACGCGAGAAUGCUGAGCUGGAGCUGAUAGCGUCCCAAUGGCGACGAUGUUGUGCGGAGCAGCAGUGGGCUGGUAUUGUUGCCCACCAGGAGUUGGUGAAAGAGCGUGCGCGGGUGCGCGAACUGGAGGAAAAAAUUGAGUUGAUGGACUUGCUGUACGCGGAGGAACAGCGUCGCUGGCAGCAGGCGCUUGCAUCCAUGGAGGCGGAACUGGUGCUUUUACGCAGUGUCAGCGUCCCCGGGCCGCUGGACACGAAUCCGGACUUGCAACCGGCGCUGAUGGAAGUACCCGCGAUGAAGAGCAUGACGUGUCCGCAAAUCGUGGAACCGAGCGUGGUGCCAGCCACCGAGAAUGACGCAGACGAUGCAAUAGAGUCGCGUGAAAAUACGGCCGAAGUACCGGAACGGCGAAGCAGUGCAAAAUCCAACAAGUCUCGUACGGCGAAACGAAAUCAAAGCCGAGGCAAGCGUUUGGUGCCAUCACAUCGUACCGAGCCUCGUCGCAAAUCCGAAACUGCACCCAAGCCGAGCAAACGGGAAUCAGAACAGAGGGACGCGCAAACCCCAGUCGUGUGCUCGACGACUGCAAAGCGCCGCCGCCGCGUCUCUUUUUCAAGCCCAGCUGACCCCGUCUCUGUGCUGGAGGGUUCCAGCCUCUAUGAAGGCCCCGGUCGAGAUUGCGUUCAUCCGCAGGAACCUGGACCAGCCGAACGCAUCGUACCUGAUCGGCGUCAAAAAGCAGUGGACCUCCAUUUCCAGAAAGCCCAACAAGGCAGGCGCAAGCUCUUCAGUUUUAUCACGCAGCAGCGCCUUGUCAUCGCCAAGCCGCGACCUGUACCAACGCUCACCCAGCUCUGA